GAACUACUUCUGCUUUGUUAGGAGACCCUGAACCACACACAAAGUCGCAGGGUUUUGCUCAAUCUCAAGUGAUGGAGCUGUUUAACUCCGAGAACAAGACAAAUGGAUUAUCUAGUGUUAAUGUUAUGGAGCCAAAAAGUGAUGAAAUUCUGCCUGCCAUGGAGAAAACACAAACGUCAAACAUGAUUGUUGGCUCAGAAAGUAAGCAUAUCAAAGGCGCACUUCCUGAAGGCUUCUUUGAUGACAAAGAUUCUGAUCUUCGUGCACGUGGCAUUACGCCUAUCAAGCCAGAUGUCAAGUUAUUGGUGGGAGUGAUGAUUGUGCAUUCCUCAAUGGCUAAUGGUGGUAUUGCAGUUAUGCGAGUGAUCAACUGUUCAACUAUUGAACUCAGUCCUCUGAAGUCUGAAAUAUAG